GUAAUAACUACGUCAAUAAUGUGAUAUUCCCUCUUAAUAGGUAAGCAAUCUCUGAAUCCCCUCAGUUAUGACGGAGAAGUGUAUACGGAGUAAAAAUCAGGUGAUUUUUGACACCUAUAGAAUCGUCUAUAUAAAUGGACAUUCUCGAUAAUACAGUUCCUGAAACUGUCUUCCAUGCGAUUAAGGAAGACGUAGAACUAGUGGAUUUAUCCGCUAGUUCUCCUACCUCUCCCUCUCUAACCCCUCCACCCACUCCAACCCCUCCACCCUUAACCCCUCCUGCUCAGAUCUUUGAUAUAGAGCGCGAAAUCGACUUGAAUCUUGCCGUACGCCCUCAUAGCGGAUACUGGUCGGUGCUUACUCCAUUGUACGGUCUUCCGAUUAUCGAAGAAGACGAGGAUAUUGAAUCCAAUGGUGGUGAAGGUCCUUCCUCUCAAGAGCCUCCUUCUCAAACGCUUACACUCCCCUUUGGGGAGAUUUCCUCAGACUCUGAAGACGAAAUCGAGGAGAUUCCACGUCCUUUUACUCCAUACGAACCUCUAGAAGAGACAGUGCUUGCCGCACGCCUUCGCCAGGUAGUACAAGACCUUGAAUCGCUCGAUAAUCCUCUUCCCUACACUCGUGCUCCUGGUCCUCGACUCCAGGGCAUUCAACGACGAAAUGAGGAGUGGGCAAGGGCUAAUCCUCUCGAUCGCGAUGACCGAAUUAGGGUCGAUUUGAUAUACAAGCUGGGGUUUACAGACAGCGAGAUUGUAAAAGAGUUUAAGGAGAAGAAGUGGACGAUUCGUCAAGUUCAACAUGUACGAGUACAACCACAUACCCCUCGUUCUCGAUGUAAUUUCCGAGGCCCUGUCCUUUGCACAGAGCAUCGCAAGAAGCUUGUCCGUUGGAUACAGGAAUUGCUAUUGCACCGGCUUGUCAAAUGGGAGGAUAUACCUGGACGUUUGGACUUGGGGAUACCAUACGGUGUGAAGGCUAUCAAAGCUGCGAUGGAUACAGAGGGGUAUGGGAGGAGAGUCUCACGAAUUCGUCCUCUUAUUUCUGAUAAGGUUCGCCGCGAUCGACUCGCAUUUGCUUGGGCACAUAUUACAUAGACUUGGAUUAAUUGGUUUCGCUAUCUUUGGAGCGAUGAGACCUGGGUAACUGGAGGAUUAUACGGAAGGGUAUGGGUUACUCGUCUUAUUGGUCAGAACGAGGAGUGGCAUUGCGAUACGAUUAUAUAAAGGCAUAGGAAGAAGCCUGGGUGGAUGGCUUGGGGGUGCUUUACUGGGAUACUGAAAGGGCCACUCGUAAUAUGGGAGAAGGAAUGGGGCACAAUCAAUGCCUCAUCCUAUAGGGCUCAUAUACUCCCAGUUAUUGGGCAGUGGAUAGAGCAGAACUCUCACCUGGAGUGGACGUUCAUGCAAGACAACGCUCCUGCCCAUAAUGCUCGUCAAACGAAGGCAGCAUUCGC